AAUAAAGAAUUGAACAAAGGCAAAAGAUAGUCUGUGCAUCAUUUUUAUUCAGUAAACGAAAAAUGUUCGCAGCGCUGUGUUGUGUUCUCUUGGUGCUUGCUUUUGCGCCAGGCUCUAAGGUACUGGCUGAGGAGAAGUUCCAAUACGCCAUCAAAGAAUUCACCGUGCCACUGGAUCACUAUAGUUUUCUGAGCAACACAAGCUUCAACAUACGCUACUUAUACAACGACAGCUAUGUCGACAAAACCAAUCCUGAUGCGCCGAUAUUCUUUUAUACCGGCAACGAAGGCGACAUUGAGUGGUUUGCGCAGAAUAGCGGCUUUGUAUGGGAGCUUGCGGCAAAGGAGCAUGCAGUAGUGGUGUUUGCGGAGCAUCGUUAUUAUGGCAAAUCGCUGCCCUACGGUAGCGAUACCUUCAACACCAGCAAACCCGAGCAUUUGGCCUACUUCACUGUGGAGCAGACGCUAGAGGAUUAUGCGAUGCUAAUUACAUUUUUACGCAAUGGACGUGAACUGCCGGUGGUUGCAUUUGGUGGCUCUUACGGCGGCAUGCUGGCAGCCUGGUUUCGCAUGAAGUAUCCACAUAUAGUAAUUGGUGCGCUGGCCGCAUCAGCACCUAUAUUGCAGUUCCCAGGACUAACGCCUUGCGAGAUUUUCAACAGAAUAACAACCUCUGUGUUUGAAACUGCCUACAAUGCCAACUGCAGUGCCAACAUAGGCAAGUCCUGGAAAGCUUUCGAGACGCUAGCAAGCACAGAUGCAGGCAAACUGCAGUUGACGGACAAAUUUCAUUUGUGCGAUCCACUUAAGACAGCCGAUGACUUGAAGGCAUUUCUCGAUUAUCUGGAGGAAGUGUAUGGCAAUUUAGCUAUGGCAAACUAUCCCUACAAUAGCUCAUUUCUGGCGCCAUUGCCUGCGUAUCCAGUGCGACAGCUGUGCUACUAUUUGAAGGAUUUGGCUGCCAAUGAAACGGAGCUGAUCAACAGCAUGGCCAGUGCGCUGGCUGUCUACACCAAUUACACAGGCACAACCCCAUGCAUGGAUUAUAAGAACACAAGAGACACCGCCAACUUCGAUGAUCAUGGCUGGAAUAUACAAAGCUGCAAUCAGAUGGUUAUGCCCUUCUGCGCCAACAGCAGCGACACCAUGUAUCGCACCAGCACCUGGAACUUAAAGGAGUAUAGCGACAAGUGCUUUAAGAAAUUUCAGCUCACACCCAAGCCCUACGAUAUUGUGCUGCGCUACGGCGGACGCAAUUUGGAAGCCGCCAGCAAUAUUAUUUUUUCUAAUGGACUAUUGGACCCCUGGAGUGGGGGUGGUGUGCUGCAGGCGCCCAAUAGCGAAGUGCAUGUGAUUAUUCUACCCGAGGGCGCUCAUCACUUGGAUCUGCGUUCCAGCCAUUCAGCCGAUCCGCCAUCUGUUAAGGAUGCGCGCGAGAAGGAGGCAGCUAUCAUUAAGCAAUGGAUAGAGAAGUUCUAAGCAUGCAGCAUGAUUAAAAUUAAAGAUGAAAUAUACAAAUUGUUAACAAAUAUUUUGUAUAUCUUCUUUUAAUAUAAAUCUUUUAGUCCAGUUCUACAUU